GAGUUUUUCGAUUUUUCGAGUCUCACCAAUACUCCCACUAUUGUCCUCAUCACCGGUGCCAACCGCGGUAUUGGAAAAGGCAUCUUGGAACUGUACCUCAAGAAGCCCGAUCACACCGCUGAGGGUACUACGUUGCACGUCAUCAAAAUUGAUGCUCUCUCUCCUACUGAUCCCGCUGCGGGUGUGGAGGAUCUAGCCUCCAAGGGAAUCACCCACAUCGACAUCCUGAUCGCCAACGCCGGUAUUGCUCUUUCUUGGCCAAAGGUCACUGAGGUCAAAGUUGCCGAUAUCCAGAAGCAUGUCGAUGUCAAUGUCUAUGGCUUCAUCAAUCUUUACCAGGCUUUCCGACCUCUCCUCAAGGAUGCCCAGGCUCCCAAGUGGGUAACCAUCGGCUCUAGCUCUGCUUUCCUGACGGUAAGUCUCAUCAAUUGGAACUUCGUUCCCAUGCAAAAUGCUGCCUACGCUCCCACAAAGGCUGUUCAGCACUGGUACACCAAGGCAAUUUCCGUUGAGGAUUCCUGGUUAAACGCCUUCCCCAUUGACCCUGGCUGGGUUCAGACUGAUCUCGGCAACCGAGGUGCCGAAGCUUUCAGCUUCGAAAAAGCCGCUGUGACCAUCGAAGACAGUGCCGCUGGCCUCGUCAAGAUCAUUGAUGCGUCCACCUUGGAGACUCACAGUGGGAAGCUGUUCAAAUUUGAUGGCGAUGAGGAGCCUUGGUAG